GGGCUCGGGUCCUGCGACGUCGCCUGCAGCGCGGAUCCCCCACUUCCCCCGCCCGGGCCAGGCCUCAGGGAAGGGCGAGCCCGGGCGCGGGAGGAGGCGGCGACCCGGCUCCGGUCCUUCGGCUCCCCAGCCGCCCCCUUCCUCCUCUCGGAGCGCCCCCCGGAGACCCGUUUCCCCUCCCCCCACCCAGCCCCGCGCCGCGGCCCCGCCCCGGCCGCGAAGCCCCACCCCCCGCGCCUGGCUCUCGCUGCGUCCCCGGGCCGCGGCGGCCAGGGGUCCCCUGCCUGGAGGCCGUGUGUCCCGGCCGCGGCGUCCACGUCGGGCCGCGCGCCCGGGGACCCCUUCGGCGCGCUAUGGCCUCGGAGUCGGUGAAGGUGGUGGUGCGCUGCCGCCCCAUGAACCAGCGGGAGCGGGAGCUGAACUGCCAGUCGGUGGUGACGGUGGACUCCGCGCGCGGCCAGUGCUUCAUCCAGAACCCCGGCGCCGCCGGCGAGCCCCCCAAGCAGUUCACCUUCGACGGCGCCUACUACAUGGACCACUUCACCGAGCAGAUCUACAAUGAGAUCGCCUACCCGCUGGUGGAGGGCGUCACUGAGGGCUACAACGGCACCAUCUUUGCCUACGGCCAGACGGGCAGCGGGAAGUCCUUCACCAUGCAGGGCCUGGCGGACCCACCCUCCCAGAGAGGCAUCAUCCCCAGGGCCUUCGAGCACGUUUUUGAGAGCGUCCAGUGCGCGGAGAAUACCAAGUUCUUGGUCCGGGCCGCCUACCUGGAGAUCUACAAUGAAGAUGUCCGCGACCUGCUGGGGGCGGACACCAAGCAGAAGCUGGAGCUGAAGGAGCACCCGGAGAGGGGCGUGUACGUGAAGGGGCUGUCCAUGCACACGGUGUACAACGUGGCCCAGUGCGAGCGCAUCAUGGAGACGGGCUGGAAGAACCGCUCGGUCGGCUACACGCUGAUGAACAAGGACUCCUCCCGCUCCCACUCCAUCUUCACCAUCAGCAUCGAGAUCUACGCUGUGGACGAGCGGGGCAAGGACCACCUCCGGGCAGGCAAGCUGAGCCUGGUGGACCUGGCGGGCAGCGAGCGGCAGUCCAAGACCGGGGCCACGGGGGAGCGGCUCAAGGAGGCCACCAAGAUCAACCUGUCGCUGUCGGCGCUGGGCAACGUCAUCUCAGCCCUGGUGGACGGGCGCUGCAAGCACAUCCCCUACCGCGACUCGAAGCUGACGCGGCUGCUGCAGGACUCGCUGGGCGGCAACACCAAGACGCUGAUGGUGGCCUGCCUGUCGCCCGCGGACAACAACUACGACGAGUCCCUCAGCACGCUGCGCUACGCCAACCGAGCCAAGAACAUCAAGAACAAGCCACACAUCAACGAGGACCCCAAGGACGCCCUGCUGCGCGAGUACCAGGAGGAGAUCAAGCGGCUCAAGGCCAUUCUGGCGCAGCAGAUGGGCCCCAGCACCCUGUCAGCCCUGCUGACCAGUCAGGUGCUCCUGCACCCUGUCAGGCUUGAGGAGAAGCCACUGCCCCCACCUGUGACCCAGCACGACACGGAGGCUGAGAAGCAGCUGAUCCGGGAGGAGUACGAGGAGCGCCUGGCCCGGCUGCGGGCCGACUAUGAGGCGGAGCAGGAGUCCCGGGCCCGGCUGGAGGAGGACAUCACCGCCAUGCGCAACUCCUACGAUGUGAAGCUGUCCACGCUGGAGGAGAGCCUGCGCAAGGAGACGGAGACCGUCCUGAAGGCAGAAGUCCUCUGCAAGGCCGACGUCACGUCCAGGGCCGAGUUCGCCAGCCUGUCGGAGCCCUCGGCCGCCUUCCAGUACGAGGUGGCUGUGAAACCAGAGGUCCGCUCCGCCGCCGGCUCACCCCCCCUCGACGGCGGCUCCAGGGCUGGGUUUCCCUCCCAGACGGACGACCUGCCCCGGGCGGAGGCCUCCAAGUCUGAGAUCUCUCUGGGGUCUGACGAGUCAUCCACGCUCGAAGAGACCUCCAUGUCCGAGGCCUUCCCGGGGCUCAAGGAGCCCUCCAACCUGGAGCUGUCCUCCGUGCCUGAGGUGGAGGCCAAGGGCACGUACUUCCUGGGGGAGGAGCCCUUCCUGCAGGAAGAGGAGCCCCAGCUGAUGCCCCUGAAGCUGCUGCCAGGCCUGCACGACCCAUUCGCUGAGGUGGAAGCCAAGCUGGCCCUGCUUUCCUCCACGGUGGCCGGGGCAGACGCACCCCGGGCGGAUGCAGCCCGGGCAGACGCACCCCGGGCGGACGCAGCCCGGGCGAAUGCAGCCAAGGUCCCCGUGCAGUGCCCCUCCCUCACAGAUGUCCCGGAGCCCAGUGACCUCAGGUGUGAAGCUGAGGCAGAGGGCGACCUCCUGCCUGGGACUAGAGUGCAACAGGCCACGGGGAACGAGAGGAAGGCUCUAAAUCUACUUACGUUCUUGGAGAGCGAAACCUACCUGCCCACCUCUGGACCCGAUCACUGGGAGGUUGACCUGGGCCCAGAAGCCGCCAAAGAGGUGGCACCGGCCGCAGGUCCUGGCAUGGAGGCCGAGGCCGAGGCGCAGCCCCUUCCAACCGUGACGAGCUCGAGAAGGGACAGUGUGGGCGUGGAGGCGGCAGUGCUCACCGAUGACCUGGCGCCCGUCGUGGACCAGCAGCAGGUGCUCGCCCGUCUGCAGCUGUUGGAGCAGCAGGUGGUCGGCGGGGAGCAGGCCAAGAACAAGGACCUGAAGGAGAAGCACAAGCGCCGGAAACGCUACGCGGACGAGCGCAGGAAGCAGCUGGUGGCGGCCCUGCAGAACUCGGACGAGGACAGCGGCGAGUGGGUGCUGCUCAACGUGUACGACUCCAUCCAGGAGGAAGUCAGGGCCAAGAGCAAGCUGCUGGAGAAGGUGCAGAGGAAGCUUCGGGCGGCGGAGGUGGAGAUCAAAGACCUGCAGUCGGAGUUCGAGCUGGAGAAGAUCGAUUACUUGGCCACCAUCCGCCGGCAGGAGCGCGACUUCCUGCUGUUCCAGCAGCUCCUGGAGCAGGUGCAGCCGCUGAUCCGCCGGGACUGCAACUACAGCAAUCUGGAGAAGAUUAGGCGCGAGGCCUGCUGGGACGAGGACAGCGGCUUCUGGAAGCUCCCCGAGCCCGUGCUCGUGAAAACCAGCCUCCCAGUAGUUUCAACAGGCCCACCCAACAAACCGGUCCGCAAAACCUCUGCAGCAGACAACAGCGGCGAGCCCGGCUCGCAGGAAGAAGACCGCUACAAGGUGAUGCUCAGUCGGAGCGACAGUGAAAACAUUGCCAGUAACUACUUCCGGCCCAAGCGGGCCAGCCAGAUCCUCAGCACGGACCCCAUGAAGAGCCUCACACGUCACAGCUCGCCGCCGGGCCUCAGCUCCCCGCUCAACAACAGCUCUGCCAUCCCACCCGCCCAGGCCCCCGAAAUGCCCCAGCCCCGGCCCUUCCGCCUGGAGUCCCUCGACAUCCCCUUCACCAAAGCCAAGCGUAAGAAAAGCAAGAGCAGCUUUGGCAGUGAGCCCCUGUGAGCACGGCUGGCUGCUUGCUGCCCUGGGUCCGGGCUUCUGUAAGACUGCCAGGCCCUGCAGGGCAGCCCCAGCGGGGCCUCCUCCCACCUGCCCGCAGCGACCAGGGCACUGGAGGGGGCUCUUGUCCUGGGAAGACAACUUCCUUUCCCUGUUCCCCGAGAGCCCACUUCUGCCUGGGGCGGGAGCCCCUUGGAGGCUGGACCGUCCUCAGAAAGGCCCACUCCAGCCCUCAAUGCCACAUCAGUAUUUCCGUCUGCUCACCUGCCGGAGCCUGCCGUUCGCGCCCACCUGUGCUGCUUGGCGCCUCGGUGGGCCCGGGAGUCUCAGCUCUGCCUCGAGGCCCGAGCCAGCAGCCCCGACAGAGUGGGCAGCGACUUCCAAGUGGAUCCAGCUUGACUUGCCGGUGACUGAAACUGGUGCCUCCGUCCACGUGGCCCACUUCCUGGGGGCUGCCGUGCAGGACGGGUGCCCGGGGCCUGAAGCAGCCGCUCCCCAGCUGCCCACUCCUGGCUGGUCUGUGGCUCAAGGAGGCCACUUCACCUUCAGCUGCCCCAAUAAACUGUCUUUUACCUAC